AUGUCUGCCCCCUUGGUGUCUUUAGUUGGGUGCUGUCAGCGGUCAUCUCGACUCCUCGUUGCUAGGCGACCAUGGAGUUCCAGCCCUGUGAGUUCGCCACCCCUGCACAAAAGGUUGCUCCUAUUCCUCACGGAACGUUUUUAUGACGUCGAGAUGCUCCUCAGAUGGAAGUCUGGGAUGAAAUGGAGAGGGCUACAGAAGAAGAAUGCUCACUACGGCUACACAGAGAACAUUCACGGGGCCAACAUUGCAUCAGCUUUCUACAUCUUGAGUUUGAAGGGUGGUUUUCGAUUUGUUGGCCAGUCAGAAUGGUUCCGUGCAAACCGAAGGGGCAAGUUCAGUUGGGAGUUCUUGAAAUACAAAGACACACCUCUUGAGGAAGUAGACAUGAGCCAUACAAUCAUCAACUACAUUGGACUGUCAAAUUUGGAGACACAGCAGUCUUUGCGCACUCUUUCCGUACGAGGAUGCUCUGAGGUGGAUGACUGGUUUUUGGCCAGGCUCCAUGUGUUCCAAGACUCUUUAAAGGAGCUUAACAUCUCACAUUGCCCACGCAUAACCACAGGCGGAUUGGCUGCCCUGAGGAAUCUUAAGGGACUGCAGCGGCUGGAUAUGUCAGCCCUCCAAGGGAUUUCAAAUCCUGGGUUGGUGGUCAUUUUGUUGGAGGAAAUGUUACCACAAUGUGAGAUCAUUGCUUCUGGUUACGAUUACAGCGUAGAGCCUGAAGGAGUUUAUAAACAGAGCGGCCAAGGGUAA